AUGGACAGAACAGAAAAGCUUCACAUAACUAUGUUCCCAUGGCUAGCUUAUGGUCAUACAAUGCCAUUUCUCGAGGUUUCCAAAUUCUUGGCUCAAAAGGGUCAUCGAAUAUCCUAUAUUUCCACCCCUAAAAAUACUAGUCGCCUCCCUAAACUUCCCCCACAUCUGUCCUCUAACUUAAGUUUCGUUGAGUUUUCUCUUCCCCAUGUUCAUGGCUUACCUCCAGGAGUUGAGUCCACUUCUGAUGUACCAAUCGACGAAGUCACUUACUUUAAAAGGGCAUAUGACAAGCUUCGAGACCCUUUAUCCGACUUCUUCAAAAACUCAAACGUCAAUUGGAUAAUCCAUGAUUCAUUACCUUACUGGUUACUUGAUAUUGCAGCUCUAUUAAGCGUCAACUUGGUUUUCUUCAGCAUUUUCAAUGCCAGCAUGUCUGCUUUCGUAGGUCUACCAUCAGCUUUGCUCGUUGAUCGCCAAAAACGACUGGAAGAUUUCACGGUUGUCCCUGAGUGGAUAGAUUAUCCUUGCAACAACGUAGCUUUCAAGCUCUAUGAAAUAGUGAACUACUAG